GGCGCGGGGUGGCGGAAGGGCCGAGGGCGCGCCUGGCCCCGCACCUGCGACCUCAUGGCCGCCGUCGAGGCAGGGGCGCGGGCCACGUUCGGAGCCUGGGACUACGGGGUCUUCGCGCUCAUGCUGCUGGUGUCCACAGGCAUCGGGCUGUGGGUCGGGCUGGCGCGGGGCGGGCAGCGCAGCGCCGAGGACUUCUUCACCGGGGGCCGGCGCCUGGCGGCCCUGCCCGUCGGCCUCUCGCUGGCCGCCAGCUUCAUGUCGGCGGUACAGGUGCUGGGCGUGCCCGCCGAGGCCUACCGCUACGGCUUCAAGUUCCUGGGGAUGUGCCUGGGACAGUUGCUCAACUGCCUGCUCACGGCCGUGUUCUUCAUGCCCGUCUUCUACCGCCUGGGCCUCACCAGCACCUACCAGUACCUGGAGCUGCGCUUCAGCCGCGCUGUGCGGCUCUGCGGGACCCUGCAGUACCUGGUGGCCACAGUGCUGUAUACUGGCAUCGUGAUCUACGCCCCCGCGCUCAUCCUGAAUCAAGUGACUGGGUUGGACAUCUGGGCAUCGAUCCUGUCCACUGGAGCCAUCUGUACCUUCUACACGACGGUGGGCGGUAUGAAGGCUGUGGUCUGGACUGAUGUGUUCCAGGUCGUGGUGAUGCUAACUGGCUUUUGGGUGGUCCUGGCCCGCGGGACCAUGCUGGCGGGUGGGCCCAGGCACAUGCUUGAGAUUGCCCAGAAUCACUCCCGGAUCAACCUGAUGGACUUUGACCUGGACCCGCGGAGCCGCUACACAUUCUGGACUUUUGUGGUGGGUGGCACGUUGGUGUGGCUCUCAAUGUACGGUGUGAACCAAGCCCAGGUGCAGCGCUAUGUGGCCUGUCGCACAGAGAAGCAGGCCAAGCUCGCUGCUGGCUGUGGCAUCAUCAUGUUCGCCAUCUAUAUAGACUGUGACCCUCUCCUUGCAGGGCGUAUCUCUGCCCCGGACCAGUACAUGCCCUUGCUGGUGCUGGACAUCUUCGAGGACCUGCCUGGAGUCCCUGGGCUCUUUCUGGCCUGUGCCUACAGUGGCACCCUCAGCACCGCCUCUACCAGCAUCAACGCCAUGGCUGCAGUCACCGUGGAGGACCUCAUCAAACCUCGGCUGCCGAGCCUCGCGCCCCGGAGACUCGUACUCAUCUCCAAGGGGCUCUCACUCAUCUAUGGCUCAGCCUGCCUCACGGUGGCGGCUCUGUCCUCGCUGCUGGGGGGAGGCGUCCUCCAGGGCUCCUUCACCGUCAUGGGAGUCAUCAGCGGCCCCCUCCUUGGAGCCUUCAUCCUGGGAAUGUUUCUCCCGGCCUGCAACAUACCGGGUGUCCUCUCUGGGCUGGCCUCGGGCUUGGUGCUCUCACUGUGGGUGGCCGUGGGUGCCACGCUAUACCCGCCUAGCAACCAGUCCUUGGGAGUCCUGCCAUCAUCGUCUGCUGGCUGUGCUGUGCCCUCAGCGAACGCCUCUGACCUCAUGGGCCUGCUCCUUGCCAACAACACCUCCAGCAGGAACCCCAGCCCUGGAGUGGACCUGGGCCGACCUGCCUUGGCUGACAGCUUCUACGCCAUUUCCUAUCUUUACUAUGGCGCCCUGGGCACGAUGAGCACUGUGCUAUGUGGAGCCCUCGUCAGCUGCUUGACAGGCCCCACCAAGCGCAGUGCCUUGGGUCCUGGGCUGCUGUGGUGGGACCUUGCACGGCAGACAGCAUCGGUGGCCCCCAAGGAGGAAGUGGCUACCUUGGAUGACAGCUUGGGGAAGGGUGCUGAGGAACUGCCCCCUGGAACCAAGAGGCCCCCUGACUUCCUGCCCAAUGACGAGGACCAUCUGCUCUUCCUGGGGCAGAAGGAGGUGAAUGGAGCUGGCUCCUGGACCCCCAGAAGUGCACGUGACCAUGGUCAGGACCUUCGGGAGACAGACCUCUGAGCCAGCAGAGGGGACUGACCACCUGGGAUGGAACCUCAAGAUGGGCCCUCCCAGGCCACAGAAGAACAGCCUCGGGCUCUGACCAGCUAGACUGUGUCCUGUGCAAAUGAGUUUGGGAUUGUGUGUCCCUGCCCUAUGGAAAGAGGUGAAGCCCUGCCUUUAGGAGAUCAUUUUAUCCAGCACCCUCUAGCCAGCCCCUAGUUUUAGAUGCUGCACUCUUGCCUGCUCCCCUAAAAUGAAGCCAGAUUUCUCUCUAUGUACGAUAGAAAGAUGUUGGAGUCCCCUCUGGAACAUGUCUGAAUCAUAACAAGGAUUUGGGAGGUCCUCAGGCACAACCCUGCACCCCAUUUCACAGAUGGGGAAACUGAGGCCUAGAAAGGGUCAACAACUUGACCAAGGUCACAGAGCAUAUCAGAGAUUCAUUGAGAGUUGGACACCAGCUCUUCUACCUUUACCUCCUCCUUGUUUUCCUCCCUCUGGAGGGUCAGACAUCACAUGGCCCCUGACCCUGGGAGCAAGAGGAGAGGAUAAAGGAUAAUCACAUUUUCGAUCUUCCUCUUACACUUGGACACUAUCUCAUCCAUUAAGGAGCAUGAACCCACUUCACAGAGGAAUAAACUAAGGUUCAGUGAGGUAGCCUGAGGUCACAGCAAGUUGGAUCUGGGCAGGGACAGACCUGGGAGUCAAAUGAUGCUGAAGCUCUACUGCCAGCAUGUCACUGGUAGACAGGGUCAGAUAGGUUGGGCAAACCUAUGUCCUGGGGACACGCUUGACUUUGGAUGGAGAUUUAAUCCAUGCACAUCAAAUAAACGGACUUUGACGCUUGA